AUGAUUACAGAAUUGCAAAGUAACAUUGACCAGACUUUGAUGAGGGCAGAGGCUUAAAAAGAAAACACAAGAGAAUGUAUCCUUUUGCAAAAGAAACAUUCGUCUCGAAAAAGAGAAGAGUGAAAGAAAAUAAAGCAAAAGCUAGGAAGCGACGCUGUGAAAGAGCAGAGAAAAAUUGUGAGAGAGUGUUCUUCGGAAUCAAUCACUCAUCAUCUUAUGGUGAAGUUAUAACCUCCGAUCAUUGA